AUGGCCGAUGGAGGGAAUGAUGAUACGGUGCCGGUGGUCACCGAACAAAUGAAAGGAGUGAUUGCCGAGAAAGGAACAAUCCAAAGGUUGGAAGAAAAUGCCAACCGAGCUAAGGAAAAGUCCGGAGAACGGAAGGGUUGUUCAUACAAGGAGUUCAUGGCAUGUAAACCGCCAAUUUAUAAUGGGGAGGUCGAUCCGAUAAUAUGCCAACGGUGGCUAAGCGACAUCGAGGGAGUGUUUGAAAGGACCCACUGCGAGGUAAGCGAUUUUGUAACUUACGGUACGGGUCAGUUAAGAGGUCAAGCCAAGGAUUGGUGGGAUAAUAAGAAGAAGGAGAUUGGGACCGAUGCUGCAAAGGCUAUGACUUGGGAUGAGUUUAAGGCACCAUUCCUUAAACACCAUAGCCCCAAGGCGGUCAUCAACAGAAUCAAGGAGGAAUUCAUCCAGAUGAGGCAAAAGGGUGAAUCGAUAGACAAGAUUACGGGCAUCUUUCUCGAUAAAUUAAGGUUUUGUGGCGAGCUGGUGAUAAAUGAAGAUCAGAAAAUAUAUUAUUACUAUAAUAUGUUAAGUGCUGAAUAUCGGAAGUUCAUGACUCCUUCCAAAUAUGAGAUGCUCACCGAGAUCAUAAAUACGGCUCGGGAACGGGAAAUCGAACUCAAAAAGCAGAUUGAACGGGGUGAACGAAGGGCAGUAGAUGUUAACCCGAGCCCUACGAAGAAGGCACUAACAAUGGAGUCAGUGAAGAAGACGGAUGUGAAGGGUGGAUCACUGAGUUGCAAAGUAUGUGGAAAGGGGCACGAGGGCGAAUGUCGCUUUAAAGAUAAACCAUGCCCCAUAUGCGGAAAAACAGGGCAUACGGCCGCGCUAUGUCCGGGGAAAGUUUCGGUGUGCUAUAAGUGCUAUCAGCCGGGUCACAAAAAGUCGGAGUGCCCGGAGUUGGACGGAAAAAGGAACGAGAAUGAUGUGCAGAUUGAGGCACAAAACGCAAGGGCCAGAUCCUUCCAAUUAACCACAUCCGAAGUAAAGAUAGAACCUGAUGUCGUUUCGGGUAUGUUUCUUGUGAAUUCAAUUUUAACACAAAUUUUAUUCGAUAUAAGUGUGAAUGAUAGUUGCAUAUGGGCAUAUAUGAGUAGUGAAAUGAGUGAAUUAUAUAAAUGA